CAUACGUACGAAAUGGGGUGGGGUCCAAUGGUCCAUGGGGUUUCAAUUGCACCGGCCAUUAACGACCUUAAUUCCACCCAUAUGCCAUCUUUGCACAUUCGUUCGAUCUCCGCUGCAACCCUUCUCUAACCUUAAACCCUGAUCACAUAUAGAAAUACGCGUAUUCUACACACGCUCACUCUCUGCUCGCCAUGGGUUGCUCCUCCUCUCUUCCAGAUAGGACUUCCGGGCGUUUGGCUGGCCCGAACUCCGAGAAUGGCGGAGCGCCCGACCCUAAAAAUCUUCGCGUGAAGCUGGUUUUGUUAGGUGAUUCUGGUGUUGGUAAAAGCUGUAUUGUUCUUCGCUUUGUUCGUGGUCAGUUUGACCCAACAUCCAAGGUAACUGUUGGAGCUUCAUUCUUAUCACAGACAAUAGCUCUGCAAGACUCCACAACUGUUAAGUUUGAAAUAUGGGAUACUGCUGGCCAAGAGAGGUAUGCUGCGUUGGCACCACUUUACUACCGAGGUGCUGCAGUUGCAGUUGUUGUGUAUGAUAUAACAAGCCCAGACUCAUUCACCAAAGCACAAUAUUGGGUUAAGGAAUUGCAAAAACAUGGAAAUCCUGAUAUAGUCAUGGCCUUAGUUGGUAACAAAGCUGAUCUUCAGGAGAAGCGGGAAGUACCAGUUCAGGAUGGCAUUGACUAUGCGGAGAAGAAUGGAAUGUUUUUUAUCGAGACAUCUGCAAAGACGGCAGAUAAUAUAAAUCAGCUGUUUGAGGAAAUUGCCAAGCGGCUACCCCGCCCUCCCGCUUCAUGAUAUGGGAGAAGCUCGAAACUGAAUCAACUAAGAGCUGCUCUAGUUGUUGGAUCCCUUUCUUUAUCUGCUUGAGAUAUUCAGCUUGUGUAUAUUGUGAUAUAUAUAAUUGAAACUUUGUUAUUAUUUGCCCUGCUUCUCAGUUCAUCCUUUCAGUCGAGCUUUAAGACUCGAAAACUCAAUACAAAGAUUGAACUGGACGAGGCCAUAAGAAGGGAUCCCACAACAAUGUAGUUAAAAGUUUUAGCUUUAACUGUGUUUAAUUUUAAAAGAAAAGUCCGCCAUAUUAAAAGCCCUAUGUUAGUAUGUA